AUGGCCGCCCCCGAUCAGCCCGUUUACGUGGUUAAUUACUAUCACCUCCCGUUCGGUCUGGUGGAGCUAGAGGGCCACCAAAACUUUGAGAUGUGGGAUACCGCCCUCCGCCAGUAUCUCAGAGCGGCUUCCCUUCUGCACCACUUGGUGCUUGAUGAAAUGAGUCCCGAGGAGCGCGCGUGCGACGCCUGUCGCGACAAUUGGCACGUCGAGCGGGGCAGGGUGUUAACCCUCAUCGAUCUCACCCUCGGCAAUAGGCUCGUUCGGGAGGCUCUUUACGAGUACGGCUGGCAGGACAACCACCCGAGCCCAACGUACCAUUACGAUAUGGUAAUCGGCAUCUGGGGGCCCGCCGGCCAGAACUGGGCUUGA